AACACGUCUGGCCGAGAUAGUGUUUUGUUUAUUUGUAUGAUCGUUUGAUUACAAUCCGUUGGCUUCAGAGUUGAUGUGAUAUCAUCGCACGACGAGAACUGUAGUCAUCGGCGGUGGUUUUGCUUUUUAAAUUUUUUUUUUCUAAAUAAUAAUAACAAUAUACAAUUAUCGCUGUUUACCGCCUAACCGCCACCGCUCCGCAAAACUCUAUUGGCAACGCUAACGAGAUACGCGUCUCUCACAGUAGCCAUCUACCGCGCUGAUCUACUCUCGCGAUAUUUUCAUCACAUUUUGUUGAAGUGUUAACGUUAAGUGUUAAUUCGUACGUCCGUCCGUUUUUUGCCCCAAUGAGUGUGAUGUGCGCGACGUGACAGAAAAAUGAACGGCCGUCCAUCGUACUACCAUAGCCACUCGCCGUUCUCCAACAAUUCGCUUGCCAUCUGCAAGGAAAUUCAACGGUUCGAGAGCGUUCAUCCGUCCAUCUACGCUAUUUAUGAUCUCAUUGAACUCAUACCUGAUCCAAUUGUCGCUCAACAAGUCAGGGACCACGUUGUGUGUAUUGAAGAUUCGUUUGUAAACAGCCAAGAAUGGACAUUGUCACGAUCAGUGCCAGAUCUGCGGUUGGGUAUUGUUGGUUCGCUAUCUUCUGGCAAAUCAGCGCUGGUUCACAGAUACCUGACGGGAUCGUACAUGCAAGAAGAGAGUCCAGAAGGAGGUAGGUUCAAGAAAGAAAUAUCCGUGGACGGUCAUAGUCACCUGUUGUUGAUCAGAGAUGAGGGUGGUUCUCCAGAGUCACAGUUUACUGCCUGGGUAGAUGCUGUUAUAUUUGUGUUCAGCUUGGAGAACGAAGCGAGCUUCAACGCUGUGUACGGAUACUACACAAAAAUGGCACACUACCGAAACUCGGCCGAAAUACCGCUCAUUUUAGUUGGCACACAGGACGCCAUUAGUGAAACUAACCCUCGAGUAAUAGAUGACACAAGAGCUAGGAAGUUAGCGGCGGACCUGAAAAGAUGUUCGUAUUACGAGACGUGCGCCACGUAUGGUUUAAACGUAGACCGCGUGUUCCAAGACGCUUGUCAAAAAAUAAUCCAGCAGAGGCUAUCUGCUUCUACUAACUGUCUGUCGGACUCUCGGUGUUCGACACCCGCCUCUUCGUCAACUACCACCCCCGUUGGUGGUCUGCAGUCUGCUUCCUACGCAGGCAACCAACUCCAACACCAUCAAAUCUACCAACACAUGCAAUCUCCGGCCACCGGUUCGCGGACGUUCUCGCAGGCUUCCUCGUCGCCGUCGCCGCCAGUACACGGGGCCGGUGGCGCGUCGCCCUCCCAUCACGGCAGCAGUGGCGUGGUCAGUGCGUUCAAGGAGUCGGUGCUCCGGUCGAACUUGUCGCUGAACCGACAACCGCUCGAGCUGUCCAUAGCCCUGGACAACAACAAUGUAUCGACGAAAACCGCGUUCGACGGCGGUGGAAGUAGCAGUGGCAUCGGUGGAAACAUUGGCGUUGGCAUCGGGCUGUCAGUGCCCUGCAAGGAUUUGCCUACACCCAGUUCCACCCCUACGACCACCAGGAAGACCCGGAGGCGGUCAAACCUAUUCAACCCGUCCAAAAAAGACGACAAGAAUCGGUGUCUGGCCACCGGCGAGCUAGGCAGUGGCCGAGCCAUUCCUCUCAAACAGGGUUACUUGUACAAGCGCAGCAGCAAAGGUCUCAACAAAGAAUGGAAGAAGAAAUACGUCACGCUUUGCGACGAUGGGCGGCUAACGUACCAUCCUAGUCUGCACGACUAUAUGGAAGACGUGCAUGGCAAAGAAAUAUCGCUCCAGUACGUCACGGUUAAGGUGCCCGGCCAAAAACCAAGGGGAUCGAAAACCAUCAUGUCGCUUUCAUCUUCGUCAACGUCGGCCAACCAUCACAGCAGCAACGGCAUAUCUGAACAUAUGUCGAACAUAUCGAUAUCGAAUUUCCAGUCAAAAGACAAACGAACGGCCGAUAAAGUGAUGCUCACUGCAUUCGAACUGCUGAAAGAGCCCAGCUAUAAGAACGGUGUUUCAGCUAACGGCGAUGAAUCAACAAUAAGUAUGUCGAACACUUCGUUGUCGACCAACAACGGUGAUCUCAAAGCCGAAACACCUAAUGUAAAAAAGAGACACAGACGGAUGAAGAGCAGUAACAUUAAGAACCAAGAGUGUGAAGACACCGACGGAUACGAAUUCCUAAUCGUAUCGUUGGACAAUAAACAGUGGCAGUUUGAAGCUAACAGCUCGGAAGACCGAGACGAAUGGGUGGCCGCUAUCGAACAGCAAAUUCUCAACUCAUUACAAAGUAAUGAGAUUAACAAAGUUAAUGUUGGUGGUAAAUUUGGUUCGUCUUAUAACCGAGCAGAAGACGUGCAAAGCAUCCGGACGCGAGUACCUGGAAACGGGCAGUGUGCUGACUGCAAUUCUCCGAAUCCCGAUUGGGCUAGUUUGAAUUUAGGAAUACUAAUGUGCAUCGAGUGUUCUGGCAUACAUCGCAACCUGGGCUCGCACAUAUCCAAAGUCCGAUCUCUCGACUUAGAUGGAUGGCCACCAUCUCACCUAAAGGUAAUGAUGGCGAUGGGUAACGAUCUGGCCAAUUCUGUAUGGGAAUCCAACGUCCGUCCUGACCGAACCAAACCCAAUCCUGGUUCGAGCCGAGAGGAGAAAGAACUGUGGAUACGUAGCAAGUAUGAAACCAAAGAGUUCCUACCAGCGAUAGGUCACACGCCCAACUUAUCGCAGCAGCUCAUCGACGCCGUGUACAGGUGUGACAUGAAAGCCCUCACGUUGAUAUUAGCUCACGCCAGUGCUGACCAGGUGAAUUGCGUCGUCAGUCACCGAGACUUGCGCACACCCCUACACCUAGCCUGCUCUGCAAUCAACCUUCCUAUAGCGCAGCUACUCCUAUGGUACAAAGCAAACGCCAAAGCUGUGGACCACGAGGGCCGAACGUGUCUGCAACACGUGCGAGCGGCUUGUCGGGGCGCCGCCGGUGCCGCAUCCGUCCAAGACGUCGGUCCGCUGACAGACUUGCUCGUACAAAACGGCUGCCCCGAGAACGGGACCAGCACGCUGACUAGACCGUUGGACAUACUUCCGUCCAGCGUCAUCUGAUCACCGACUCGACACAUCGCCGGCGGCACAGUUAUCGCAUAGCUUCGGGUGUCGGACGAGGGAGACGACGGUCCGUUUGGCGUGCGCGCAAAACAAUAAUAUAAUAAUUAAUGAAUAAUACCGCGCUGUGAUAGCUUUACAUAAUUAAUUAUAAAUAUUAUAUAAUGUUAUAAAAUAAUCAUAAAUAUACAAAAUAUAGUGUUUAACACGUCGUCCGUGUAACAAUAAUAGUAUAAUAAUCGCGUGUCCAGUCGUUGGUUCGAUAUUAAUUUUGUACCAGGGUUGAUGACAAUCCCAGUCCAGGUUAAAUUUUAUAUUAAAUUGCGGACGGCGGCAACCGCAUCGCGUCCGUGACCUGUAUUAUAGGUAAUAUUAUUAUUGUUGUUUACUUUUAUUUUAUACCGUCUCGUGUUUAAUUACCAUGAUCGGCUUAUAUAUUAUUAUUAUUAUUUUAGACUAUGUAGUAAUAUUUUAUAUUUUAAUAUUAUAUAAUGUUAAAAUUACGUAUUUAUCAACAAUUAUUAUUAUAUGUAUACAUAUUAUUACUAUAAUAAUAGGUACCUAGUUAUAUAUAUAUAUAAUAAUAAUAUGUAUAUAAUAUUACGAUGUUAUUAGAAUUAUUAUUUAAAACGAUUUGAUUUAUUAUUUUAAUUUUUAUCACUUGUUUUCUUUCUGUAUAAUAUUAUAAUAUAUCGCGUCUUCGAGUAAAACAUUUAUACCACGGUCAUCUUAGAACUUAGAAGACCUUCUUAAACUGUGGUUGAUAUAAACUACUAUAAUACCUGUACGGGAUAGCGCUUUAGUAUUUAUUAUAUUAUGUAUCGGCCGCUCAGAACUUGCCUGCAGCAGUUAUGUCGAUUAUUUUUAUUUGUAGACCUAUUUAACGACUAUAAAAAUACAAAAUCGUUUUAUUAUAUAAUACAUAAUAUAUAAAAAAAAUUAUACUCACAACAGCUUUAAUCGCGGUUACCUGUUCUUUUUUAUUUUCUCCACUAUAUAUUAUUACCUAUUAUUAUAUUAUAUUAACUGUCUCUUUAUUUACAUUGGUACUCAUCAUUCCCUUUGUUCCCGGUAAUUUGUAUUAUUAUUAUUACUUUUUGAUUAUUUUACUUCAACAGUGUGAAAAACAAACAUAAUAUUAUAAUAUUAAUUGUAUACAAUGUAUUUCGCCGUUCAUUUUUAAACGUGUUCAUCAUACUUAAGCAUAUCACUGGAUACUUAUUAUAAUGGCCACACAAGUAACAAUAUAAUAUUGUCAUUUUAUCAGAGUACUUUAAUGGUUAACUAUAUGAAAGACUUAAUGGCACCAUGCACUCCUACAUAAUUAUAUAUGUUUAUAAAAUUUUGUAUUGAAACAAUAAAUAUGUUGCGGUAGGCAAAUGCGCUUGUGUUCUUGUACUGCAUUUUUCAGUAGUAAAAAAAUAUAUGGAACGUUUUAA